AUGCCUCUCCUCAAAUCCCCUCCCCACCUCUCCAAUGCCGCUAGAACUCUCACUGCUCGCCAUGCAAUAUCCCCAGCAGCCGCUAGACACCGGCGCUGUAACUCCACGGUAGAACCUCCCCCGGCGGGUGGCCAUUUGCCCUCGAUCGCAACCUCACAGAUCCUGAGAACGAAGCGAGAAACUGCUUUGCGCACCCCUGGUCUCUCAUGGGCUGAUGAAGACGCCUCUGCACCCUCGCGCACUAUCGUUGGUGGCCGCGAAACGCGUAAGAUGAACACCUACCAGGCUAUCCGCGACGCGAUGGGCAUCGCUCUUUCCAAGGACGAAAACGCGGUAGUCUUUGGUGAAGACGUAGCUUUUGGUGGAGUGUUCCGGUGCACCAUGGGGCUGUCCGAGGAAUUCGGACGAGAACGCGUCUUCAACACGCCUUUGACAGAGCAGGGCAUUGCAGGCUUUGGGAUCGGGCUUGCGGCGAUGGGACACACAGCUAUUGCGGAAAUACAGUUCGCGGACUACAUCUUCCCAGCCUUCGAUCAAAUUGUGAAUGAAGCCGCCAAAAUAAGGUACCGUUCUGGUGGAUCCUUCAACGUCGGAGGACUUACCAUUCGCACACCCACCAUGUCUGUGGGACAUGGAGGUUUAUACCACUCUCAAUCUCCUGAAGGGUUCUUCAUGGCCGCCACCGGAUUGAAGGUCGUGAUACCCCGGUCCCCUAUUCAAGCUAAGGGCCUGCUUCUGAGCUCUAUCAGGGAUCCUAAUCCCGUCAUAUUUAUGGAACCUAAGAUCCUUUACCGAUCAGCUGUCGAACAGGUCCCGGUGGACGAUUUUGAACUUCCUCUUGGGAAAGCCGAAGUUCUCGUCCCCGGGUCGGACCUCACUCUUCUCACAUGGGGCACGCCAGUUUACCAUUGUGAGACUGCUCUCCAUAUGCUCAACUCCCCACCACCCUCAUUGGAGGCUGUCGUCCCGAAAUCAGCCCGAUCUGCGAAGAUUGAACUUAUAGACCUUCGAUCCAUCCUGCCCUGGGACGUCGAGAAUAUCGUCGACAGCGUCAACAGAACUGGCCGUCUGGUUAUCGUUCACGAAGCUGGGUUAACUGCUGGUGUUGGUGCCGAAAUUGCUGCUGAGAUUCAGAAGAGGUGUUUCCUCAAGCUGAAUGCUCCCGUCAGGAGAGUUGCAGGAUGGGACAUUCCCGUGGCAUUACACUACGAGAAAUUCCAUAUACCAGAUGCAGUUCGCAUUCUCGACGGAGUGAUGGAGACCCUGUCAUACUGA